GAAGAGAGAACACUCCUCCCUGCUUCCCAUCUUAGAGCAGCUGAAUAAUUUCCUGAGAAUUCUAUUCCUGAAGCUAGGAAGAAAAGUUUAUUUAUACAUACACGCAAUCUGCAAGUCUCCAGUUUCUAUUCUUCCUUCCUCUCUGACCCUUCUCCUCCCCCACUUUGCACCAGAGAAGUCAGACUCCGGGAGUGCUUUCACAGUUUGAAGGCUAAUCUGAAAGAGGAAGAAGAAUCUGUAUAUCUGUAUAUAUUGGCUAGCAAAUGUGCCCCGCUCUCUCCCCUCUUAAAAAUAGCAGCAACCCAUCUUUGCAAAGAAGCUUGCCUAUAGAGCAGGCACUCUGUGAAUGGACUGUGCUUUUACGACACUACAGGGUAUCAAGAUACUGUGCAGCUCACCAGCAAGGAUUAAUUGCAAGGACUGGUAGAUCGAAUUUACUGAAGACUUGGAGCUUGCUUCUGAGAACAAACGCAAAAGGACAGUGAACUGUGGACCCUGAAGUUAGCAGCGUGGGCUUCCUCUAAUAUUACACCAUAAAAGGCAUUGAUCACCAUAAGAAGGAACAUUUGUGAAGGUACUCCAGUGCCAGAAAGAGGCACAAAGCAGACAUUCGUAGAGAAACAUGGAUGAAACAGGAAAUCUGACAGUAUCUUCUGCCACAUGCCAUGACACUAUUGAUGACUUCCGCAAUCAAGUGUAUUCCACCUUGUACUCUAUGAUCUCUGUUGUAGGCUUCUUUGGCAAUGGCUUUGUGCUCUAUGUCCUCAUAAAAACUUAUCAUGAGAAGUCAGCCUUCCAAGUAUACAUGAUUAAUUUAGCAGUAGCGGAUCUACUUUGUGUGUGCACACUGCCUCUCCGUGUGGUCUAUUAUGUUCACAAAGGCAUUUGGCUCUUUGGUGACUUCUUGUGCCGCCUCAGCACCUAUGCUUUGUAUGUCAACCUGUAUUGUAGCAUCUUCUUUAUGACAGCCAUGAGCUUUUUCCGGUGCAUUGCAAUUGUUUUUCCAGUCCGGAACAUUAAUUUGGUUACACAGAAAAAAGCCAGGUUUGUGUGUGUAGGUAUUUGGAUUUUUGUGAUUUUGACCAGUUCUCCAUUUCUAAUGGCCAAACCACAAAAAGAUGAGAAAAAUAAUACCAAGUGCUUUGAGCCCCCACAAGACAAUCAAACUAAAAAUCAUGUUUUGGUCUUGCAUUAUGUGUCAUUGUUUGUUGGCUUUAUCAUCCCUUUUGUUAUUAUAAUUGUCUGUUACACAAUGAUCAUUUUGACCUUACUAAAAAAAUCAAUGAAAAAAAAUCUGUCAAGUCAUAAAAAGGCUAUAGGAAUGAUCAUGGUCGUGACCGCUGCCUUUUUAGUCAGUUUCAUGCCAUAUCAUAUUCAACGUACCAUUCACCUUCAUUUUUUACACAAUGAAACUAAACCCUGUGAUUCUGUCCUUAGAAUGCAGAAGUCCGUGGUCAUAACCUUGUCUCUGGCUGCAUCCAAUUGUUGCUUUGACCCUCUCCUAUAUUUCUUUUCUGGGGGUAACUUUAGGAAAAGGCUGUCUACAUUUAGAAAGCAUUCUUUGUCCAGCGUGACUUACGUACCCAGAAAGAAGGCCUCUUUGCCAGAAAAAGGAGAAGAAAUAUGUAAAGUAUAGUUUAAACCCAUUUCCAGUCCAAACAAUGAAAAUAGUUUCCCAAAUAAGUAUUUUGUCAAAUCAUUUACAAAAAAAAUAAAAAUUUUAAUUAAUAUUUUACAAAUACUUAACUAUUUGGGCCUACAAAUCUAUCUCAUUUAUGCAUCCACAUGAUUAGAUAUUUAUAGAUAUUUUAAGUGCUAAAAAUUCGGUCCACAACUAUGAACUGAAUUAUAAAUAAUUUUGACCACUCACCAGAAUUUGGAGAAUAUUUGUAUCUUUGCACUAUAAAAUAUGUCUUAUAUUAAAGUUUUCCUCUUCAAAUAAAAGCUUUACAAAGGAUAAAAUAUAUAAAAUUAGUCAAUAUAAAAUACAUGCAAGCUAAAAGUUAUAAAAUAUAAAACUAGAUAUAAAAUUGGCAAAUAGUUCUGAAUCAUUCUAACAUAUUCCUUUGCAUGUAUGCCAUCAGAUGAGAACUGGAGAUGACUCAGGAGCUACAUAAAGCGUACUGUCACCCUUCUUUGUAGUACUGAUUCACUAGGCAAAUUAGGGCCAUUUCUUCCAAAAGAGAAUGUAAAAGUGCUAGAACAGACUAGUAUUCAGCUAAAGGGUCCUAAAAGCACCAUACAAUGUUCAAUAUGGAAACAGGAGAAAUCUGGUCAAAGGCCAGUUUGUCUCCAAUUUUCUUCUGCCUUUGCCUCAGGCUCCCAAAAUUGAAUAGUGGAGUUUUAGCUGCUCAGUGAGGUUCCUGUAGAGAUUUCUCUCCAUCCAUGACAUAUAAUUCUUCCUUAAGAAGCCAGACAACUGGCACUCCUAUAUAUAAACAGAAGUAAUUAAAAACUUAUCUGAAGAAAAGGAAAAGGAAUCUACUUUUCUAUAUGCCAGUUGCUGGGAUCAAAAUAAACUACAAAGGAUUUAUGAAGAAAAUUGUGAAUGUUCAUGUUACAAAUUCUUUUAAGAAGUGCAUACAUUUAUGUAUAUGUAUACAACUAUAUGUAAGAGAUUUUGCUGUAUGAUAUGCAUUAUGGGUGAAAGUUCACUAUAAGUUUUAUUACUGCUUUAUUACUUUUUAUUGGUAUGUUGACAGGAAUAUCAUGGAUAUGUUUACAGUGACUUUUAUAUUACAGUGGACGCUUUGAUCUUAAAACAGCCACAACAAGUCAUCUACGGCUGAAAUACAAUAUUCGUGGACAAGCUUUUGCUGAAGUGUAGUGUGUCCUUUAAGUUUGUUUUUUAAAAGGUACAUUACCUCAGAGGAAAUAAAUGAUAACUAUAAAGAAAAAAGAAACCUUUGGGAAAAUUUUCUAUCUGAAUCUGCCAUGUGUACAUUAUUUCUAUUUCAUUUCUAAUGUUGUAGUCCCUUGGGGAAAAAAAUUACAAAACAUAAACAGAAAGGACCUCUAAGGCAUAGUAAUAGCUUGUGCCCAUUUAUUUUUAAUAUACCUGUGACCUGGCCAUUUCUAUGCUCUUACCCUAUACUAUUUUUCCCUUGCUGGAGACAAACAUCAAACAUAAUAUUUAUCACAAAAUUCAAUCCUCAUUUCUCAUUUACUGGGCCUUCUGCUAUACAGCAAGCAGCAUAGUAUGGUAGAAGAGCACUAGAUUGGAAUCCAGAAGACCUGGAUGCUAACCUGGUCUCUAUUGCUUACUAGUUAUGUAACUUUAAGCAAAUGACAUAAACUCUAAUCCUCAGCUUUCUUAUUAGUAAAAUGGUAAUAAUAAUACUUAUCCUGCAUUUUUAUAGGGCAUUUGUGAAACUCAAAUGAGAUCAGGAAUGUUAAAGUUUUUAAAAAUAUAUAACAAGAUAUAAUGUUUAAGUAUUUAGAGGUAGUUCUGUUACUUAAAAUUACUGAGUCAUAUUUACUACAUGGAUUCUCAGAUUUGAAAGAAUUUGAACAAAAAUAGCCAUAGUUAAAUCCUACUCCACAUCAAAGAAUCUUGUGGGUUAUUUAUUUCUUCCAGGCUUUUGCCUAUGUUAUCAUUUCCAGUCAUAGUCCCACUUCCUCCCACACAGCAACAUACCAUAAAACCUUCAAUUACUUGCAAGCCCAUCAUAAAUUUGCUUUUUUUCAUGUCUUAUGUACUUAUAGCCUCUACCACACUCCAUAGUACUUAAUGUUUUCACCAAUUUUUCCACGUGUUAAUAUUGUCUCCCAAAGUGGAGUUAUCACUUUGUGGAAUUAUAAAUUCCUUGAGGUUGAAAAUUAUGUAUUUAAGUGGUAGUAUCUAACAUUUAAUAAACUCUGACUAUAUACUAUAUUCUAUUUUAAGUGUUUUACCCAUAUCAAUGAAUUUUAUGCUUACAACUGCCCUGCAAGGUAUGUACCAUUAUUAUGCCUGCUU